AUUUUUAUGGUCGUUUGCGAAUUAGUGUAUCUCCCGCAAAACGGCUCUCGCUCUCUCGCUCUCUCGCUCUCCCUCUCUUCUCUAUUUUGCAAUCGUGGAAAGGACUGCUCGUUGACGAUGUACACACACACGACACACGCCUGAUAUCCUGGCAGGAGGCAGACAGCGGCUACUCCACAUCAAAGUGAGCAUACGCGCUAUUGCUCCGGCAACAUGGGAGAGAUAGCUCUGGGGCAUGCGCACUCUGGACGCCGUUUCGUCUUCGAGCGCUUUGGAAUGGAGAGCAAUUUGGUGUGCUCCUAGUACAAGUAUUGAAGGUACAGAAACACCAUCGAACCGGGCAGAGCCAGCAAUCUUUGAGGCUUCGAAGUAGGGUGGAACUUUUCAUACACAAAUUUCCGUCGUUCCUGGCAGCGAUUUACUUGCUUGCUUUGCUGCAGAAGUUGAAGCUGUGUAGCUGCAAUCGUAGAUAUCGGAGUGCAAGAAAUCUAAAACGCCCGUCGCACGCCCAACCAGAGCCGUAUCGUGUGUACUGUCCGAAACGAGACACGAGAAGAAGAAGGAAAAAAACGAACUUCCUCCGUAGUAUGUGUUGUAACAGAAACGGCACCAGCACCAGCAGCACCAGCAGCAGCAGAAUAGAGCCUAAAGGCAGAUCGAAAAGGGAAAACCGCAAAAUGUAUCCGACCACCAUCUCCCGCUGCUGGUGGUAGGGUGGACCUGUCCGUCUGGUGCAAAGUGGAACAUGGGUGGCCACACACACACUAGCUGGCCGGGGCUGGUCUAGUGAUCCCGCUUCUCCCCAGUGUCAGUUGAAUCCGCCGACAAGAAACAUUCUUCCUGGUUCUUCUGGUUGCUGCUCCGUAACGGGGGCUCGGUGUGUAUUGCGUUCUCGGCCUGCUGCAAAGUGAACACCGCUGCUGAGCGAGAGCUUGCUGCAAAAAACACACAAACCGGGUCGUGCAAACCGCGGACGGGGGUCGUACAUAUAUGUGUAGCAUAUCCUGCCGCAAGGACUGUUUUUCGCACAUCGACAGUAAGACAGUGGUGAAGAGUUAGCGUGACUCACACGAGUUUGUUUCGAUAGGAAGUGACGAAAACUAACUCCAAAAAGAACUGACCAACCUGCUGCCAGCGGCAAACACUGUCGUGCAAAUCGCAAAGAGAAAAACGGGUGUCGAUUGCAUCGGUGGUCCCUCCCUGCUGUCGUGUGUAUGUGUGUGUAGGUGUGUGCGCGAUACAUCAGGUGUAGAGGAAGCAUCGGUUGAACGAGUUUUCCUUCCCGUCCCUUCAACCAGGACCAAACGAUGAGUCGUGCACGGCACACCUCCUCCAACCCUUCGGAUCAAAAAGGAAGUAGAAGUGUGUGCGUGCGCGCUGAGUGUGUGUGCGUAGAGAGUGUUUUGGUGUAGGUGCGCGCGUGUGUUAUUAGCGGAUGUGACGCUGCUGCUGCUGGUGCUGGUGGUGCUGGUUGACAGCGCAAAACGGAAGAAGCAGGCUAACCAAACGGGCAGUUAGUUCGAAGAGGGCAGCAGCAAACGUAGUAAUCUGCGGCGUAGUCGUAAAGAAGAUAUUGACGAAACAGCAGCCCCUAAUCCUUCUGUAAUUGACUGUAAAAAUCCUUCCCGUCAGCAGUGUCCGUGUGUUUGUGUGAGUGAUUCGAGUGAUUUCGGGGUUCGCACCUGAACAGAGGACGUCACACUGGCAGAGCAGCACCGUCGGAGCGGGGAGCAUUAGCGGCCGCAUCCAAAAAAAAAGAAAGGAAAUUCAUCAAAUAUCACCACAGACACACAGCGCAAAAUAACGUUCAACGUUCUCCGCAGCAAAAAUGCUGAUCCGGUGGAAAAGCAAAGAUAAAAGCUCAUCCUCAACAUCGUCAUCGUCGAGCACGUCGAAAAAGAAAAGAAAAGGAAGGGAAAGCGAGGAUGACUGGCAAAAUGACAAAAGCAACAGGAACCAGCCGACCGAUCAAGCGAUCGAUGAUAGGCGACGAUCGGCACGAAGCAGGGAAGAUCCCCGGCGACACACCCUCGGCGGCGAUAUGCUGCAGUAUCAGGCCCAAACGCAACCGCCAAACAUUCAACGAUCACUCGAUUUUGAGCAGACUCCACAGAUGCGUGUGUACACUCCGACGAACCAGGGACCAUUGUUUGACGAUGAUCCCGGCAUCAUGUCCGAGGCCGAAACGGCCAGCACGGGCUUCCGGCGGGGUGGCAAACAGCGCUCCUCCCUGCCGGUCGUAAGAACGCCAUCGAAAACGCUGGAGCGGCCCCUUGGGUUAGUGUUUCUGCAAUAUCGUUCCGAGACGAAACGGGCACUGCUGCCGAACGAGAUCACCUCGAUCGACACGGUACGAGCGCUGUUUGUGCGAUCCUUCCCGCGGCAGCUAACCAUGCAGUACCUCGAAGGGCCGAACGUGAAGAUAUACAUUCACGAUUCGAGCAAGGACAUGUUCUACGAGCUCGAGGAUGUGAGAUCGCAUCUCCGAGAAAUUCGAGAUCGUUCCGUGCUACGUUUGUUCGAGUCGAACGAAGUCAGUGCGCCGCAGGUCCUGCCUGGUGGACAAAAUAUUCCACAACCUCUACAACCGGCAGCGAUUCCAAACCAGUGGGAUCAAGAGCAGAGUUAUUUCAGCGAACCGGAGUUCGACUCGGAAUACCAACAUCAGCACAUCCACAAAAGCAAGCAACCUACUAAGACGCCGUAUUACGUUGGUACCACUCAAACGCUACCAAGAGGAAUGUACUCGGACAGAACCAAGGGAGCAAUAGGAGUAGCAUCGAAACCGAUCCGCUCGUACGGUUCACGCGGCAACAUUGCCGGCCCGAUGCCAUACACUACCGAGCAAUUGUACAACAUUCCAGAUGGAUACAUGAGUUCCCCGGAACGAAGUGGAGCAUCUCGAGGAGCGUACGAAGAGCCUUACUACAGCCAAUACGGUACACGUUCCGCAACCGUAACGCCAAUCAUCGAUGAAGAGCAAGGGGAUAUCUCGAUCGCGGAUGAUCAGUACGCCAUGUAUGGGGUGAAAAAUGUUGGACGAAUUCCACGAGUGCCACCAAACCAAAUGUACGACCAUACCAGAUCGGAAGAUCUUCAUAGAAUAAGAGUCGAGCAUAUGGAGCGACAGUUGGCCAACCUAACCGGACUGGUGCAGAAAGCAUUGACGCAAAAUCCUCAACUACCGCUAGUUAACAACAGCCCAAAUAUUCUAAACAUCCCUGGACAAUAUCGUAAUGCUGAAGCUACUGGAGAUGGUACAGUUUGCACGCGCGAAAAGCCACCAAAAUUGGGAAAAUCAACAUGUCAUAAAUCGGUUUCUUUUGAAAAAUCCGUUUCCUUCAGUGAUGACAUUCAAGGCGUGCCAAAAUCUCACAGCCCACAACACUCCGCAGAUACAAAACCUCCAAAGCCAGCGAUAAAAUCUUCUACCUUACCCAGAACCUCAUCACAGGAACGAGAUCGACUAAAACCACCACCACCUCCAAAGCCUUUGGUGAUGAUAGCGGGCAAUCAGUACCGCACCGACCUAACACUUGCACCGGAGGUGUACAAUCAGCUGCGCGGCCUGCAGAAGAAAGCUAUGGAUCUGCGCACGGAGGUUCGCACGCUUCGCCGAUUAACCCAAACACAGGCCGUAGCGGUACGGGAAGAUAUAAAAGAUACGUUCAUGAGAAUACGCGCCACCUUGCUUUCGAACUCCGGGUUUGUUUGGGGGCAAGGAGAUAAGGAAAGGACAAAUCUUACCAGAGAAGAAGAAAUCUACAAACAAGAAGUGAUUCGAUUGGAAAAGGACCUAGCCGAUUUAGAAUCAUCCGUAGAAGGUCUCAGAGGUGAAGUAAUCAACAGACGAACCCGUGUGAACAUGGUCGCUGUUGAAGACAUGGCCCUAGUGCUCAGCCGUGCGAGUAAAACCGUCGCUGAGCUUAAGAUGCGGUUCCCAGUGCUACAACAAGGGUUGAGAAAUCUGAUUUCCAACGAAAUGGAGCACGUUUGUCGGGAGGAAGCUUUUCUCAAAGAUGAGCCCGAUCGGCUUGAAAAUGCUCUAAGGCGAUGUAAAAAGCUAACCGGAACGCUGGUGACACUCAAAAGACUUGCAAGCGUGCAAGAGCAGCGAUUACCAAUUCCGGAUACGGCAGGCACUGAUGAAACGAUCAAACCUCCGGAAACACACAACAACGUGAACAAGCCAAUCCCAAGUCCCCGUCUGGGGACAGUCGUUGCCAGUGGAGGAAUCGCCCCAGAAAACGCACUCGAUGCUUUGCUAGAUGAACUGCAAACCUUUGCUAAACCGCCGAACGGUGUGAACGAGCACCGACCGGACGAUUCGACGUCAGACGACAGUUCGCAAACGUUGCAAAACAGCAUCACGACAAAGAUAUCCCAGUCGCAGCUAUACCCCUCCGAGCCCGUUUCCUCCAACGUCGGACUACGGCGGCUUCACUCGUAUCCGAGCGGUUCGGAUACGGACACGAGUCCACCGCAACCGACCCGUCCGACCACCGGCAAACCGCCCGUCCCGGAACGCAACGCCGAGCUGCUCUCGAAGGUGAACAACAAGCGAGUGCCCCCGCCGCCCCCACCGCGCACCAGCUCGCGCAGCCCGCUGGCUAGCCCGACCAGUCCGCACGUGCCGCAGCAUCACCGUGGCCAGCAGCAGCAGCAGCCGGCCGUCACGCUGUCCGACUGCGAGCAGCAGCAGCGCACUUCCGAGGGUACGGAUUCGGGCAGCGAAUCCGUCUGCUCGGACAACUCCCAGCGCCAGCUGGCCCUGGAGCUGCGCCACCAGGAGCUGCUGAAGAAGCAGCGCCAGCUGCAGGAGCAGUACCAGCGCCUGCAGCAGAUGAGCAAGAAUGCCGUUCCACUAGCGCCGACAACGAUGAACCACGAUAUCAAGAAGACGGGCAGCGAGUCCAACCUGCCGCUCAAGAUGGGCUACAACAUGACCGUGAGUGGCUCGAUGAAGAAUCUCUGUGGCGGCUCCGGCGACCCGACGCUGCCCUUCGAUCCAUCGCAGGGCUCGGUAGCAAACAACGUCGACCAUCAGGACGGAGGCGGUAGCGACAGUUCGACCGGUGGGCCGAACUCGCUGGACGGUGUCGCGAUCGGUGCGAACGGAAGUGUCGGCACGUUGCCACCACACCUGACGAAAACCACCAACAAAGUCUACGAAACGGACAUACUGUAAACAGCAUCCUUCUUAUCCUUCGCUUCUCCCUUCCACUAGCUACGUAGACCAAAGUGCAGAUAUGUCAGAACGGGGCCAGCACUCGUUCGUAUUACGUUCUGUCGUACAUCCGUUGACGACUGUCCUUACGCUUUUGAUCGGUUUUCUGAAGGCAUUAUCAAAACCAUAUUCGUUUAGUUGUUCCACUAUAGAAACUUCGAUAGGAUUGUUCGAACAGCAAUAUUGAGUUUGACUUGGUGUAAUCCAAAUAUUAUAAACAGCAACGGUAAACGCCAUGCAAUUAAACUUUAUUUUCAAAUGUUCUGCACAUAAUUCAUGAAAUGAUGCAAAUAGUUUAUCCUGCUGCAUAAUGUUGCCGAUCUCACUUUGUCGCAAAGCGCAUAGCCGUUAGUGCACUGCCCAUAGAAGAAGAAGAAGAAGAAGAAGGGAAAAAAAUCUAAGAUCCUUGGUGUCAGCUAACCCUUAGAACCCACUAAUGUACAAUUUUAUUUUCGUAGUACAGAUUCGUCGAUAUCUGUUAGAGAGUAAAUUAAUUGCGUUUUAAUAACAUGAAGUAGCUAAUAACAAUCAAAACUUUGUUUUAAAAUCAUUUCCAGAUAAGGUAGCUAAAUGUCUCUAGUAAGCGAUCGAGCUGCGUGUGUUCGUAGCAGGAUGUUUUUUUUUACACGCGAUUGUUACAAACUGUUCAGUUCACACCGGAGCGAUAGUAAUAAUAUUGUUGUGUUGCCAUAUCAUCUCUACGUUGGUCCAGUGGCUGAUACGUAAAUAAUGCAAAUCUCUAACAUGUACCACUCACUAUCAUACGUAUUCCUAACCCCCAGAAUGAACGUAAAUAUCUAUUCGUGCUUCGUACGUGUAUGUCUACGCAUACGUGUACCAAGUGUGAAACAGAUUGUGCCCCCCACCACUCUGUGUAUUGCACAACCAUAAAUGCCGUGUUAUCCAUCGUUCGAUGUUUGCACAAAAUACAAAAGCGAAGGACGAAGCAACUAUAGCUCACAAUCUUUCUCUCCCAGCUUCGCAAAAGCCCAUUAAACUCCCACUUGUCAUCGUAACCUUACUCUUGCCCGAGAUGCUUGAAGAUGCAAAGCAGACACACACACACACACACCGAUCGAACUGUUCCGACUGAUCAAUCUCCGCGACCCUCGACCCUCAAAAACACAGUAUAUCCCGUAACCAAACAGUGAAACUUAAAAUACUCUAGUCUAUAUCCCGCAAAUGUUUAGGAGCCGAAUGUAUCACACCAGAACUCAAGCAAAAGGACAAAAAUUGGACAAAACAAACACAAAAACGCGUAGCGGGCGGUAGCAAAGUGCUGUGUUGGACGUAUGUGGUUACAUAUUCAUUCAUUUGCAUUAGAGAUGAACCUCACCGGCAUCCAGGUGCCCAGGUAGACUCCGAUGCGAGCAGGCAAGGGAGGCAAGCGAAAGUAUAUAGAAUAUUACCAAAAAAACAACAACAAAAAUCAUUAAACACACCCACACAAACACAAUAAUCUCAUGGCAGCAAAAAUCACGAAAAAUCACGAAAAAUCACGAAGAAGAAUAUAUAAGUGUACUAGUCGACGGGGCAGAGCAACCGAAAUGCACCGAAAAUAUCGCAAAACCAACACACAAAAAGUAAGAUUCGUGUUCAAGUUCGCGCACCCCCUUCCUACUAAAAUACUAAAUCCACUUGGUAACAUCGAUCACAGUGUGAAAGGGAUUAGGGAUCCUAGCAGCAGCAGCAGCACAGCUCAGUAAAUGUGUAAACGUUGCGCUGGUUCUUAAGCGCAAACGUGGUGGAACGUAAUAGUGCAAUGCAAUUUCAGUGAUAAAAGCACACACACACACACACACACACCCAUAUACACCGUUUCAUAGUUUCGAAACAGGUGUGCACACACGAUGACGUGAUGAUGGCGUCGGUUAUUUGUUAAAAAUUAACUAUUUGUGAUCAAGCGGCGUAGGUAAUAGUGAAACAACAUUUAAUACACUCACGAUUGGCUAGUUAAAAUUCAUUAAUACAGUUAAUGUUCUGGAUCGUACACGGUGAGCAAGCGACAAUUGAUUCGCUUCCUUUUACACACGAACACACACACACUCUACCAAUGUGCACACAUGCGGAGUUCUAUUGUGUGCACGUCGAUCGUGCCAAAUCGAUCACGAUUCAUUUUGAUCGAUCAACGUGAUUCGAUUCGAUCACGUUGCCGUCGCAAGCAACACCGCGCGCUUUGUUUUCCCGAUGGCGCGAUGGCACUUCCACUAAUGGUCAAACUAUUCGCCUAAAAAACGUCACCCGUGCUCGGUGCUGUUUGUCCUGUAGAACGACACUCACGCAUCCCUACAGGAAGUGAACUUAACAGAAAGUGCAUAUUUUACUGCUGUAACAACACACAGACUUCGCAAAACGUUCGUUUAUCCCAUUCACGUUGCGUUGCAAACCGAAACGACGUUACGUGCACCGGCGGCAUUUCACACCUUAAAAACGUAGCUUAAGCGCACGGUGCGUAAAAAUCACGACGGUUUAAUGCAUGAAUGUUGAUUAGGUUUAUAGCGUGUAAGCUUCCCCAUUUUUGAUAGCUGUUUGCGAUCACACAAAACACAAAACAAACACAAUCAAAACACACAGACAGACACCUACACGCUGUGCACCGGUGCCAAUAUGUCGCCACUAUUAAACUGGUCUCCGGUUACGAUCGUGUCAAAGAUGUUUUAGGCAUAAAUCAAACGCAAUUGUUGUUGAAUAGAAAUGCGCCAAAAGAAAUGCGCGAAAGCGAGGGAACGCAAUACGGAAGCCGUACUAUACUUACUACCACCCCAAAAGGCACACUUCUUUACGUUGGAAAAAGGGCACGAUAGGUAUAAAACGAAAGAGAGUGAAAGAGAGAGAGAGAGAGAGAGAGAGAGAGAGAGAGAGAGAGAGAGAGAGA